AUGGCACCUUUCGAGAAGUCUAUGGAAGUGAUGCCGUUCAAGCAAAGGAAGUGCUUAGGAACAAGAAAAGAAGAAGUCUGCACAAUUCGCUCCAAGUUCCCCAACAAAUUACCAGUCAUCGUUGAACGUUGCAUUCGGGAGAAGCGGCUUCCUUUAUUGGACAAAACAAAAUUCUUGGUCCCUCAUGAGCUCACAGUUGGUCAGUUUCUGUGUCUGCUCAGGAAUAAGAUGGUACUGGAUGCGUCCCAGGCUCUGUACCUGCUGAUCUCAGGAAAAAACAUGUGCUCCAUGACAGCCAGCAUGGCGGAAGUAUACUCUCAGCACAGAGAUCCAGACGGCUUCCUCUACAUGACCUAUGCCUCCCAGGAUAUGUUUGGCUGAGAAGACCUUCCAGUUCUCCCUUCAUAGGGACUGCCGAAAUCUUCAUGACCUCCAUCACUGAUUGACCAACAUUUACUUUUUACCACUGCUGCUGCCAGAGGCUAUCACUAUACCUGAGACAUGACUCCAUUCCCCCAACCCUGAAUAUGGGGCCAAAAAA